AUGGACAAGCACAUCCAGAUCAACGGAGCUUACAAUCUUGUGGUUUGUCUAGAUUGCAAACGUGCAUUAACGCCAGGCGAUGGGGCAAUCGGCCAUCUACGAAAUGUGCAUCAAGUUUCGGGCGCUAAUUUGAAAGAAAUCGAAGACUACUUGGCUCUGGGACAGGCAAACAAUCCAAAGACCAUCGAACUUCCGCCCAAUGGUGGGCCGAAGCAACCAGUGAUUCCGGUCGUAGAUGGGUUUAAGUGCAGAGGCUGCUCAUUUAUCACAACGUCGGAGAAAUCAGCGAACAUUCACUGGAGAACUGUGCCACAUACGUUAGAGGGUCAUCGCUAUACCAAGGUUCGUGUUCAAUCGUGGAUGGGUGGGAAAUAUGCGCGCUACUGGACAGUGGGCAACGAAGGGUACGACCCAACCACCGACAUCGACGCACGAGAUGAAGCAGGCAACGAGAGAAGUGUGAGCGUACUCGAGCAGCUUCUGCGAAAGGGAGCAAAGCGAAUACGUGAUUCCAACGCGCAGUGGUACCGGGCCGGGCAGGCGCAACAAGGUGCGGACUACGAUAAUGAAUUCGUCAAGGAGAUGCGUUGGAUCAAGUUCACCGAAGAAAAGGACCGAGCCGUCAUUGCCGCCGCCACAAGAUGGGUCAAGGCCAAGGCGAUGGAUGGGACCAUACAAGAAGCAUUGGAAGCAGACACUGGUUUGACGGCACAACUUACAAUGCUAUGCGACAGCAUCAAGCGAGAAGUCAAGCGAUGCGAGCCACGAAUAUAUGCCGUUCCCAAACCCAUUCUGCAACGACUACACGGAAUUGAAGGGGGCAAAAGCAACCCGAUACCGUUCAGAAUGAACGAAGACACCGAUACGCUGCAAAAAUACAGCAUUGUGUGCCAGCGAUAUCUCUGUUUAUGCUGGCGAGCGUAUAAGCUUGGACGGGAAGAAGCAGAAGCCAAACUCGGGAUGCGGUUCACAGAUGAGCAGUGGGGUUUGCUGUGCGACAUGGACCGUGUGCUACAAGAGAUGGAUGGAAAUAGAUUAGAUGGCGGCGAAAGUUCAGAUGGUUAUGACAGCGACACGGGCGGCUUUAUACGAAGCAGCCAACCUGAUAUGAGACGGCCGGGGGGUCAGGCCGAGCUGGAUGUGAUCUUGUUCAAGUUUAUUAUUGCAUCCAUCAAGACGAAAGUUGGCGGCGCUAUGUACACCAACGCAUUGCUGUGCUUCUUUGCGGCGACAGCCAUUAGAGAAGGCGGCAAUGGAUUUCUGCCCGCAGGUGUAUUUACAGCGACGGUGGCGGCGAUGCUGUGGAUCUUGCGACUGUUUUUUCUGGAGGAUUCAUUCCAAGACAUGCCGCUGAAUGUAGAGGACAUCUCAGUAGAAAAGAUGGAGUGGUUCACGGAGCAGCACGCCGAGUGGCUGUCUGUCGACCGGUUCACGGUGGUCGGGACCAUGAUUAGCUGGAUGGCGUAUGGCAAGGGACAUAGGAACAAGACUAUGGCGACACCAAGCGUACGUUGGACAGACGACUAUGAGACGCUCAUCCAUAACGGGGAAGAUAUACGGAUCCAUGAGUUUCAACGGGCGGCGUACCGGUUAAAGCUGCGUAUUGAUCAUCUCAUGGGGAGGUUGCUUGGAGAUAGGUGGUCGACGAUUGGACCCAACAUCGACAUGGAGGGCAUCCGCGACGACAUGACAUAUCUCGGUGCCGGGCAAUCAUUUGCCACGAACAAGGCCAACGAGUGGCUUCGGAGUGGGCCGGAGCUAGCUAUCAAGGCUGCGCAGUCGAUGCUCUUUGAUCCAAGGACGAACUCGUGGAAGAAGAAGGGAGUGACGAAGUGGUUGAGAGAUCUACGGCAGCUGAAAGAACUGCUUAUGCCGGGAUGCCAUGUGUGGCCCGGGAUGCCAGGUCGUGGACCAGAGGUGAGCACAAUGAGGCACUGCGAUGGACUACAGGUGAUGCGGAACAUUUUUCUAUACAGCGGGUCGGUUAUGAUUGUAACAGAUCGCGACAAGACCAAGUCGAUCCGCGACAUGGGCCGCAAGGUCGCACGGUUUCUGCCAGACGAUAUGGGCCGUGUACUCGUAGCAUACAUUGCGUGGCUGCUGCCGGCAGAAGAGUUUCUAGAGCAAGAAUUGAAGCUCCCGGCAACGCCGCCGAGUAUCAAGGAAUUUAUGUGGAGGCACGGUCCGUCAGGGAGGUGGAAGACGGAGAAGCUGAGCUCUCUGCUCGCACGCGAGAUAGGAACCGGGCUUGGUGUGCGUAUGGGCACGGCGAGAUACCGAAUGAUUGUUAUAGAGAUGGGCCGGAUCGUGGAUGGGUUAGUCUUGGAGGAAUGGGAAAAAAAGAUUGAGGAUGACAACCAUGACGGGAUCGAGUUGGAUGAGCUCUCAGGCGAAAUGCUGCACAUUGGCGGAAGCUGGAACAUUAUAUGGGAUUUACAAAGCACACACGGAACAAGAACAGCUCGACAGAGCUACGCUGUGCACAUUGGCAUGCCAGGCCACCUGCACCCGAUGCUAAUCCGUCGAUAUCAUGAGGUCAGCCGGUUAUGGCAUUUGUUUCUCGAAAAGGGUAACCCGCGAAAAACAUGGGGGAACCGAGCACGGGGAGACGAGCACGAAAGCAACAAGAAAGCAGAUACGGAGAAUAUCGAGGCGGCAACGCUUGCCGCGCUACAAGAGCUCGAAGGCAGCACCGCGACGUGGCGAUCGGCGAAGCAGGAGGAGUACGCUGUUUGGGCCCUUCGCAAAGAGCCGCUGACAAUGUACGUUGGCCCUCCAUCGCAAAUUGCUGCCGCCAGCAUGCGUCUUGCCGCAAUGCGCUCGCAUCCGUGGUUUGCUUCUCGUUAUCCACCCACAUUCGUUGCACCGAAGUCCAUCCGUGACCGCAUCACGUAG